GUCGUGUAGAGGUUGGUAAGAGGUGUCUCCUUUGCAGUUCCUCAUUUGCUUCGAUUCCGCGCGGCGGGGCGGCAGACUCCAUGUCGACGAUCUCCAUCCACUCGGUGCCUGUUCCAGCAACGCCAUGUUCGUCGCCGAGCUAUGAUUCAACUGCUGAAAAUCCACUCCACUACAACAUAGCUCAGCAGCUGCACUUACUCUCACCCACCGCCAGUCGGAGCUCGAGUCUGCGGGGAUUUCCGCGAGAUUGCAACAAAUCAACGAGUACUGUUGUAGCGACUUCGCAGGACGCAUCCAGUGUCUCGACCACAGCAUCGCUUGACGACGACUUCGACGACCCGACUGGUGGGUUUGAAAUCGACGUCGACACCCCCGUCUCCAUGUGCAUGCGAUGGCAAGACUUGAUUCAUGUCAACUCAGCCAACGCAGGUGCAACAAAGACUCCCCCAAACUCCCCAGUAGACACCACCGACGAUGAUGAUUCAUCCCCCACAGAAUUUGUACACACGUACGCUCGCGCCAACGCCAUGUCCCUACGCGUGAACCCGAACAAUGGCCUCCUCGGGUUCCGACGAGCAACACGACGAGGAUCCUUUUCAUCUCCUCAGGAAGGGUCAUUGGGCCAAACCCUCGCAGACUCGUCGUACACAUUGCCGCCAAAGACAGUUCUACAUCCCAAUGCGUCGUCGUCGUCCAGGGCAGCGACCAGUUCGAAACCGACGAAGCCACCGACGCUGCUGCGAGAAAUCGACGUGCUUCAGCUGCAACCCAAGACUUCGCGCCGUCUAUCUUCAGCUACAUCCCUCCCUUCUCCUCCGAAACCCAUCCCACUUCCUUUUCCACCAAAGUCUGCUCCUCCGUCAACGUCGACUGCGUCCAAGCUUUGUGCCAUCACCAACUCAAGAAUGCGGUCGUCUCUCUCUGCAAUUUCCCCGCCUGGAGCUUCAUAUCUCCCUGAAAAUAACCCCAAGGCAAUGAUGUCCAACUCAGAUCGACCGACGCGAUCGUCCAAGUCAGUCAGGUCGAUUUUAAAAGUGUCCCCCAUUCCAAAGUCCGAGGCACCCCCUCCAGAACCACCAAACACCACCACAGACCUGGCCGAUGGCGAAGAAGAAUUGGACGAGAGCAUUUUCAGCUCAUUACGUAAUGUGGACUUGGUGUCAUCUCGCGCGCCAGAGUCCGCAAGGACUCGGGAGCUCAAGCAGAAAGCCACAGUGAACAAGAACGUGGUGGCAUUUCUUGGUGGGUACAAAGGCCAAAACAGUGCAUCCCACCGCAUCAAGGUUACAGGUGACAUCUUGUCGCGCGCCAAGAGUAUUCGCAAGCGGGCAGCGGAAGGGCAGCUCAGCCGCAAGUUGCACGAUGCUCGGAUGCGGAUUCCAGAGGAGUUUCAGCGCAGCAUGGACGCUGACUUACCAAGGAAAGGGCACCGAAAACGGAUCCGUUUUCCUGACGACGUCGACCAGCUCGAAAUUAUUUAUGUCUUUGACGUCGAAGACAGCGACGACGAAGGCAACGACGACGGCGCAGGGGAAGUAGACUCUGUUGCUGCCGCCGUGGUGUAAUGUAAUGGAUGAAUCAACUUCACAUGACAUGC